UUGCAGCUUGUAUUGACUAGAUCCAGUCCUGUAAUCUUUGCCAAUUACUCCUUGGUAGAGAAUCAGAGGGUGUCUUCUAUUGCUGCUGUGUACUCCUCAGAGUAUCUACUUUUUGUAGUUGGAGACAAGAUGAUUCGGGUCCCCCAGAGAGGGCCAGGUUGUCAGCACUUUAUGACCUGCGCGAUGUGCCUGACAGCCCCAAAGUUCAUGGGCUGUGGUUGGUGCUCCGGAGUGUGUUUGUGGGAGAGCGAGUGCCAAAGACGCUGGAGAAAUGAAUCCUGUCCACCUGGGAUCAGUGGGUUUUUUCCACAGACUGCUCCCCCUGAUGGACAAACAGAGCUUACAGUGUGCGGAUGGGAGUUCCAGUCGCCUUUAAGACCUAUUAUCACCUCCAGAACCCACCAGGUUCGACUGGGACAGACUGCCUGCACUGUGAUUGCACUCAAGAGCAGCAGCACACAUUUAGUUUGUAAGAUUCGCUCUGGGGCCACCGAGCUGUUCAAGCCGGUCAACAUUACAGUGGAAGUGCAUGAGGGCAAGGUGGAGGGCCGCUACUCUAUUGAUGGGAAGGCUGAAAUGCAAGGGUUCACAUUUGUGGUUCCUAACAUCACAGAAAUCCAGCCCAACUUUGGGCCCCGUGUUGGAGGAACACUCAUCACGAUGACUGGGUUCCACUUGGAUGCUGGAAAGAACAGAAGAGUCACUCUGAAUGAUGUACCCUGCCCUAUAAAAAGGUCAAAAUCUAUAGCCAACAUCUCGUCCAUCAUCUGCUUGUCCCAGCCCAUCUCAGAGGUGAGGGAUGUCCCACUGAGUGUUUUCAUCGACAAAUCACCGGUCCGCACCACAAAGGUGUUUUACUACAAAGAAAAUCCAAAGAUCACAGCCGUACUGCCCGACUGCAGCUUUCACAGAGGUUCAAAGAUUCUGAUCGAAGGGGAGAACCUUGACUCAGUUUACCGCACUGUAAUUCGCUUUAAACCCAAUGAGAGCCACCUAAAAGCAGUAACAACGGAGUGCAUUGGUACAUCCCUGCCCACACAGAUGGAAUGCAUGACCCCGGUGUUCCAAAGGGAUGAGAGUGAGGAGGGACUGCUGUCUUUUGACAUGGAUGGAGCCCUGGGCCUUUGGAACAAAGAGUUCUCCUAUCACCCCUAUGGGGAACCCAUUCCUUUUGAAACAGAGGGACAUGUGCUUAGUUUGUAUCCUGGGUUUGAUGAAGUGUCACUUCAUCAUAAAAAGCUGAACCUGGUGAGCUCCUGCAUGACCAUCAUCAUGACGGUGGCAGAUGUUGAUUGUGAUGCCAAAGUCCUGGAUAAUGAGAUAACCUGCAGGAUCCCAAAGAACAUCACAAUUCCCAGUGAGGGACUGCCAGUGAAGAUCUCCAUCAAUGGUCAAGUUCACAAUGUUGGCACGGUGGAGAGGGUCAACAACCACUACAUGGUGGGAAUAGUUCUGGGAAUUCUGGCGGCACUGGUGGCCGGUGCGGUGCUAGCCUUUGUUGUGAUGAAACAUUUGAGGAAAAAAAAGAAAGCCUCAAUGAUAGAAGCCCGUUUGGCCCACAGUACCACUCGCUCAGUGGCAAACACUGUGGAGUUGUCUCCCAUUGGAGACUACAGAAGAGUCAUAUCUCUGAGUCCUCCAACCCCUUUGAUUGGGCCAGUUAUUUUUCGCAGCCUGGCCUACACUGGAUGCAACAGAGAUCCAACCCUCACUCCCCUCAUGCAAACAGAGAAGAUCUCUAUCUCCAGCUUUAGACCAGAGCUGCUGGAGGAGGUGAAAGAUGUUCUUAUUCCUGCUGAGAUGCUUAUAGUGCAGCACCAUCGGAUCAUUGGGAAGGGGCAUUUUGGAACUGUCUAUCAUGGCUACUUAACAGACUCUAACAACAGAGAAAUCCACUGCGCUGUCAAGUCUUUGAAUAGGAUAACAGAUGUCGAAGAGGUGGAGCAGUUUCUCAAGGAAGGCAUCAUAAUGAAGGGUUUCCACCAAACCAAUGUGCUGUCUUUGCUGGGCAUCUUCCUGCCUCAGGAAGGGCUUCCUCUAGUGGUGCUUCCAUAUAUGAAACAUGGAGACCUACGGCACUUCAUACGCUGCGAGAAGAGGAACCCAACUGUGAAGGAUCUCAUUGGUUUUGGGCUACAGGUUGCCAAAGGGAUGGAGUAUUUGGCUAUGAAGAAGUUUGUGCACAGAGACCUUGCCGCACGCAACUGCAUGUUGGAUGAGUCAUAUACAGUGAAGGUGGCGGACUUUGGCAUGGCCAGAGAUGUUUUUGAUAAGGAAUAUUACAGCGUUCAGGAUCAUAGGAAAGCUAAACUGCCUGUCAAGUGGAUGGCCAUUGAGAGUUUGCGGACUCAGAAAUUCACCACCAAAUCAGAUGUGUGGUCCUUUGGUGUUCUGAUGUGGGAAAUGCUGACCAGAGGAGCGAGCCCCUACCCAGAGGUGGACCCUUAUGACAUAACGCAUUACUUACUUAAAGGCAGGAGGCUUCCCCAGCCACAAUACUGCCCCGACCCUCUAUAUCGCAUUAUGCUCCAAUGCUGGGACCCUGAUCCAGAGCUGAGGCCCAGCUUCACUACUCUGGUUUUAGCUGUCUCCACAAUUCUGUCAAGCUUGGAAGGAGAGCAUUACAUCAGUCUGAACAUCACCUAUGUGAACCUGGACCAGCCACGGCCUUACCCCGCUCUCACAGACUCCCCUGAUGAGUAUGACUCUACAGGCGUUGAAGACUCAGGCUCAGACUCAUCAUCUUCCUGAUGCACCUGAAAUAUCCUGCUAACAGGACCACAAACACUCUUUUUAGUCACACGACUGUGUUUUAUAUCAAAGCAGGUAAAACAAAGUUGCUUCCUACUGUUUAAGGACAUCCCUGUGGCGAUUUUUUGUACAGCGGCACCUCAAUAAGUUCGAUUUUUUUCAAAAAACUAAAUUAUUCAAUUAAUUUGACAAAAAAGAGAAACUUAUAGAUGCAUUACACUUCUAGGUGUAUAUUUAACACUAAUAAAAACACAGUUUAUCUGAACAUAACAAUUAAAAAAAUGUAUUUUAAUUCAGGAAUUCAGCAAACUGAUAAGUAUUUCCAUGUACUUUACAUUAUUUGCACUCAAUACUUAGUUGGGGCUCCUUUUGCAUGGAUUCCUGCAAACCAAUUCUGCGUGGCAUGUAGGUGAUCAGCCAGUGGCCCUGCUGAGGUGUUAAAGAAGUACAAGCUGCUUUAAUAAUGGUAUUCAGUGGUAGUGUUUUUUAUCACACCUUUUCCUUCCACAACAUUUUUCAUUAAUCUGCUUGGACAAAGCUCUCUGUGAACAGCCAGCUUCUGACCUUCUGCUACUUACUCUGCUUGUAGAGGCUGUCAGUGACUGUCUGCUGGGCACAUUUCAAGUCAGCACUUCACCUUGAUUUUGUAGGCCACAACAUAAGCAUUUCUGUAAAUAACAGCAUUUAAAUCUUUAUUUUUUGUCAGUCAAGCAUUUUCUACCGCUUAUUCCAUAGUGGGUCACGUGGAAACUGGUGCCUAUCUCCAGCAGUCUAUGGGUAAGA